AUGCAUUCGUUUUUUACUCACAUCAGCAAACCUUUUCUUUCAAGUGACCAAAUAUUUUCAUCGAGAUCACAUGCAGUUUUCAAUUUGCAGUUUCAGGGCAACAAACCAGAAAUGGAAAGGCGCCGUCGUGCCCGUAUGAAUCAAGCUUUUGAGCAACUCAAAAAGUUCCAUCUGAUGCAUUCACCCAAUCAAACGUCAAAACUCGAAAAGACCGAUGUGCUCGAGCUAACCGUCGAAUACUUGAAGAAUCUUCACGAAAAUGUCAACACCUCCCCACCACAAACCGCGCACUCACCGAAUCAACGGCUAACAGAUCAGCUAGAAGGCUAUCGUGAGGGUUUUCGAGUNUCGUUCAUUCAGUACACUUUCCCAUUUCAUCAAGCCUCAAUUCUAAGCGCUGGUCUUACCGUAUUCCUAUCAAACUAUCAACAACUCGUCGCACCACCACCAUCCUCUCAACUUACUAAACAAUCUCCAAAAAGCCAAGCGACAAAACGCUCUUAUUCAGCUGCUUUUCCAAGUAGUUCAGCAAUGAAUCCGUUGGAUUCAUCGUCGAUUUACGUUCCUCCGACUGGUUUAUUUCAUGUUUUACCUGGUAUCACAACGCCAACAAUAACUUCUUCACUGCCCGCUACAGUGAACCAGUUGAAUGCCGUAACAUUUGCGAAUGGUAUUCAGCAGAAUUUCCUCACUAUGGCUCGUUCAUCUUCUGUCAGUAAUCAUGCUGGUCCAGAUAUCGCUCAUGGAUCCUCAUCGCAUUCCACCCUAAAUUCUUCUGCAAAAUCAACAAGCUCACCUAAUGAACCUGAAUGUCGAAACAACAAUAAUGUAUGUGUUACUUGUGAAGGCAAGUGCCAAUGUCAACGCUAA